AAAAUUCUCUAGCUAACGCUUUUAGACAAUUCGAAACCGAGUGGAAACUACACAAAGCAUCUUUUGACAUAUACGCACGUGUUACUUCAUCAUCGUCCAAUAUAAAUAGACUCAUUACUAAACUCAACAACCAUUAAAACCAAAGAUCAAUCUCUUCUUAAUAGUCAAUCAUAUAUCAAAAAAUUUAAACUCUUCUUGAUCAAUGGCUUCUUCUUCUGCUGCUAUGUCUCUUGAAUCCAUCUCUAUGACAACUCUCAACAAUCUCUCUCGUAAUCAUCAAUCUCACCGCAGUUCUCUUCUUGGUUUCUCAAGAUCUUUCCAAAACCUUGGAAUCUCAUCUAACGGUCCAGAUUUCUCCUCCCGAUCAAGAUCUACUACUUCCAAGAACCUCAACGUUACUCGAGCUUUCUUCUGGAAUUGGGGCAAGAAGACCGAAAACUCCAGACCAAGUAAGAUCCAAGAACUAAACGUGUAUGAGCUCAACGAAGGAGAUAGAAACAGUCCAGCAGUUCUUAAACUCGGCAAGAAACCAACAGAGCUUUGUCUCGGAGAUCUCGUCCCAUUCACAAACAAACUCUACACCGGCGAUCUCAAGAAACGCGUGGGAAUCACGGCAGGUCUCUGCGUUUUGAUCCAACACGUUCCUGAAAAGAGCGGUGACAGAUUCGAAGCUAGUUACAGCUUCUACUUUGGUGACUAUGGUCACUUGUCUGUACAAGGACAAUACUUGACUUAUGAAGACACGUUCCUCGCUGUCACUGGUGGCUCUGGAAUCUUUGAAGGUGCGUACGGACAGGUUAAGCUUCGUCAGCUUGUGUAUCCGACAAAACUGUUCUACACUUUUUACCUUAAAGGGUUAGCUAAUGAUUUACCGCUGGAGCUUACUGGAACGGCGGUUACGCCGUCGAAGGAUGUGAAACCGGCACCGGAAGCUAAGGCGAUGGAGCCUAGUGGAGUUAUAAGUAACUUUACUAAUUAAGUAAUUAGCUGUUUAAUAGUUGUUUUGUUUUGUAAUAGAAUAUUUUGAUGAGUUGUGUGAGGUUAGUUAAUGAUGUGUUGAGGGAAUAAAGUAUUUAUUUUGAUGUGACUUUAUUGAUUACAACUGGUCUUUCUACAACGUGGAACUGUUGUACUCGAUUUCAAAGUAAAACUUUUUACAUUAGUUUCGGUAUUUUCACGGAAUAAAUUGAUAGCUAGAACCUUUAAUCUUAUGGUUUAAAAUGGUACACUCAUAUACACAGUUAGGGUAGUGGAGUUAAUGCUAGUAAUUAGUAACACAAUAUUUUUUGGUUCGUUAUGGUUUUGGUGUUAAUUGUGUUAAUGUCAUAAUGCUUUAACGCUAAUUUGUUGUUGGCACAGAUAUUUAAAACUAAAAAAAGCAACCUAGUUAUUGCUGGCUAUCUUUUUAAAUUGAGAAGUUAACAUCUUGUCAAGUGAAUCGUGUAAUAUUGUUAUACUCUAAAGAUCGAUAUUAUUGUGUCUACCAGUCAAAACAUGUGUUGGAGGGAAAUUUUAUUUGUAGGUUCAUCAUAUGUCAGGAACAUUAUUGUCAUGUUUCUGUAAGCUUUCUGACAUUUAAGUUCAGAUUUUGACCAUAAGUUUUGAUCAUAAAUGAGAAAAGAACAAAGUUAAGUUUAGUUUUGCGAAUGUUAAAAAAAAU